AUGACCUGUAACCCACAUACUCCACCUACCAUUCCUUGCCCUGCGCCCAGAGCCCAGUCCUGUAUCAGCCCUUUAUCCUCACACACUUUUCUACAAUGGCAUUCAAUAAAGUGCACGUGUUUCUGGUGCUGCUGCGACUUCACUUGGGGAGGGGUCCUGCUGAGGGUUCAGAGCGUGGUUCUGAGACUGAGCAACUUGGUCAGCCCCUGCACUGCCCCUUCUGGCCUCUGUGCAGCUCUUGGGGACGGGGCAAGUGCUCAGGCCUUCUGGUUUCGGGCCUCCCGCCGUGGGCAGCAGCUGGAUCCAGGACCCUGGGAGGAGUUCCUGUGUCCUGCAGGUCUCAGCUCCGACUCAAGGUGGGCUCUUUUCGGGAACGUCAGUGCUGAGUCCGGGACACCCUGGGCCCAAGGCCACAUUCUCGGCCUGUCAGCAAUCCAGGCUGUCGGCUCAGGACAGAGGGAAGGGUUAAGCCCCCAGCAGGGCCAGGGAGGGGCAAGGUGGCACCGGCUCCCCAGCUGCUCCCAGGCCCCGCUCUGUGGUGCUGGGGACCUGGCUUUAGUUCCUCGGGGUGGAGGGAGCACCGAGCUGCCUGCCUCCGAGCUGUCUGGAGCAGCCAGUCCUGCACAUGUGGGCAGCUCAGGCCCUGUGGGAGGGAGAGGGCUUUGUGCCCAGGGCAGCAGCUGA